AUGCCCUUUAUCAUUUCAUCGUUUGAUCGUCUGGAACACAUCUCCAUUCUGGGCUACGUGGAAUGGUCAAUGCUCCCGGAAGUUAUGAUUAGCGCCUUGACGUACCAACGAUCGUUGGUUGCAUCUCUGGAAAUGAAUGCGGUCAGGUUCACGGAUGUUCGUAUGUUGAAUCAGUUUCUCAGACCCUUCCUGGGACUCCGAAGGCUGUGUCUGUCAAAACUCCGGUUUGAUGCGAACACGUACUCCGCCGUCAAGAUGGACUCAUCGGCUGCGAAACCUCGACCCAAGGAGCUAUCACUGCAUGGAGGGUCUUUGCUCCGCGCCUUCGUCAAUCCUGUUUCUCCGAUCUCCUUGGAUCGAUUGAGAAAAUUGAACAUCACUGUGCUCUUUGUAGAGGAUUUCAUGAGCUUGGCGUUGGUCAUAGAUUUGGCACCUAAUCUUCGGAUAUUGCAUCUAGGUGGCAUGCAGAAAGAAGAUUCUCGGUGGUGCAGGCCGAGACCUCUUGAUCUCUCGGGUAUCGAGGUCGUCUCGUUCAAUCUGCACGAUGCCGAUGAGACAUUGGAUCAAUAUCUCUCUCCAAGUCUGAUCCUUUCAUGGUGGAUCGAAAGUUUCAAAAGCGGAGUUGCAUUACGAUCGAUUACUGUGACCAUGCAAGUUCAUAGUACCACCAACACACUAUUUAACGCACACCUGUGGGAGUGGUUUGACGUUACUUUGGGGAUGCUGAAGACUAUCAAGGAGGUGCGCACAAUAAUUCGAGGAGAGAAGGGGCACGGGUUGAAAACGGUGAUUGCGAAUAAAUGUAAGCACUUGAACGCGAGAGGGUUGAUGGAGAUUAGUGUGAAUGCACCGCAGAGAAAGAGAAGGACAAUUGAGUAG